GAAUAUAAUUGUGUAGGGCUUAUCACACGCUGUCGUUUUGACAGACAAGGGAUUGAACAUAUCGGGACGCUGAUUGACGAUUUCGUUUCACCAGCAACAAGUCGAAAUUGUAGCAUACCAACUAAUUUACAAGUCAUGAUAGGUCUUCGCUAUUUCGCAACAGGAAAAAUGCAGUUUUGUAACGGGGAUGACUUCGGAAUUCACCAAUCAACUGUGUCCAGAAUUGUACAGAGGAUUUCUACAGCCUUAACUCGACCGCAUAUCAUACGAAGGUACAUAAAAUUUCCAACUGACGCUCAGACAAUUCACCGGCAUCAAACAGACUUUCACGCAAUUGCCAGUUUUCCAGGAGUGCUUGGCGCUAUCGACGGGACCCAUGUUAGGAUACUGCGUCCUACAGUUAAUGAGGAAGAAUUCGUAAAUCGCAAAAACUACCAUAGUAUUAAUGUGCAAAUUGUCGUCGAUGCACAUUGCCAUAUACUGGACAUAGUCGCCAAGUGGCUUGGAUCAACACAUGACGCAAGAAUUUUGCGAGAAAGUGACAUAAGCCAAUUAUUUCAAACACCCGGAAUAAUUCCUGUUAAAUGUCACCUACUCGGCGACAGUGGCUAUCCUUGUAAGAACUGGUCACUGACUCCAUUCCUUAACCCUGCAACCCAACAGGAAAGAAGAUACAAUGGUUCACACAAGGUGACAAGAUGCAUUGUGGAGAGAACCAUAGGGCAAUGGAAAAGACGUUUUCACGUACUACAUUCUGAGAUAAGGAUGUGUCCAGAGAGGGCUUGUAGGAUUAUAAUGGCUUGCGCCGUACUUCAUAAUUUAGCAAAAUUGCUCAACACGCCAAUCAUUGAUGAGGAUGGAGAAAGUGAGGAUGAUUUUGAUGAGAACAGUGAUGAUGAUGAUGAUAACAACCGUGUCCCUGACAAUUUGGAUGGUAGAGCAUACAGAAACCAUAUCACAAUGAAUCAUUUCUAGAGUUAACACUUAUUUAUUAUAAUAUUUCCAUUAUCGAAUCUAAAUUACUGUAUUUUCAGUAAACAUUAAAAUGAAUUUUUUUUACAA